GGCAGCUGCAAUUCUGUCUGACAUCACCUGCGCCUUUGGCCGGGUCGACGCCUAGCAUCACCCCUUGCCGAACGUUAGCAGUUCUUUUAUCCAGUUCUCGACGGUCUUCCCACCACAAGCCGGCCCUUCAUAGUUUGCGACGCGACCGCCAGCUUCGAUAUCGGGCGAGCAUUUGGUAAUCUGUACCGUCUCAACCUCGAUAUUGGUGGCGGGAGUCCGGGGCAUUGCGACCUGCAGACGUGGCCCCAAUCACCCUCGCACGCCUCGCUCUUGCUCUAGCUCUUCCGCAACCACCCCCACGUGUAUCGAUCACUCCCUUUUGUACGCCGGGCUAGGACAGCCAUCACAGGUUUUUGAAGGGGAGAUCCAUAGGCCCGGGGCAAGUAUCGACUCGUUCCGUGGUUCAGCUCUCCCAGAAACCCCUGAGUCUGAUUCGCUGCCGUGCUCAGACCCGCCGACUAGGGUCUCUCGCGACAAUGGACAUGCCCAAGGAUCAACAGCCUCCGCGUAUGCCCGCCUCGACCUCAGACCAGCCGCCAAAUCCCCCGUCUUCAUCCACGCACCCCGCGAGGAGACGCAAGAAUCAUAGAGGGGGCAGAAAGAAGAAGUCGAGAGGAAAGUCGUUCCUGACUCCUGCGGAGGAGAUUGCCCAAGAGGAUAGCGUCAACCUUGAAGGCCUGGAUGGGGAGCAUCAGCGCUUCUACUCGAGGCCGGGUCGAGACCUGAGCAACACCAGCUUCGAGAGCGAGGCCCUUUUAGAUCAUAGGGACCAGCAGCCUUUUCUUCGGCCACGACGCCCGUCGAUAAUGACGGGGAGUGCCUCGUUCCCGGCAACGCAGGCCACCACGAGACUGAGGGCAACCCACACGGCGGAUAGCGACGAGGAGGAUGAGAACGCCCCGCUCCUUUCCAGCCCGUCGCUCCAGAGAAGCGAGACAGUCGGGGGCUAUGGAACGGGUGAAUCCCCCCAAAAGAAUAGGCCUAGCAGGGGUCGCGAAUCGAGCCGGGCGAGCAGCAGCAACCAGAGAGUACGCGCACCGGAUAGCUACAACGUCAAUUACCCCCCCUCCAUUCCGGGAUCUCCCACGUUGCACCCCACCGACAUCAGCAUGAGUUUUGGCGAUGUCCUGUUGCGCGACGAGCUCAACAAUGGCCAGCGAUCGCCGCCUAGGGAGGGUAGGGAUGAAGAUGACAACCGGGGAUCAUUCCAACCGUCGCCGCUGGAUAGGAGGAAAUCCCUUGCCCUGCAAGACGUGUGCUUUCCACAGGAAGGCCUAUCCGACAUUGGUGAAGAGGAACCCCGCGAUUCGGCAUACCGUCCGAGGCCCCGAAGACGGCGUGGUAAAUGGCCAGACCUGUCUAUCCUGGACGAAUGGAGCCGUUUCGAGAAGGAAGGCCGGAGCGAGGAGCGUCGUGCGAAGAGGAUUACUGAGCCACAGCUAAUCAAUGGCAGGUUGAGGCCUAUUCACCGCGGCUGGUUCCAAGCGGAGGAGGAGGCGCCAUAUCGCUUUACCUACUUCAAUGAGGACUUCCAGAGCACCAUCCACAGCCAAACGAUUUCCGAAUUGGUGCAGCCCGGAGGCACCUUCAAGGAGCUCUUUAUUCCAGAUCCGCCACUGCUCUUGGACACUUCCGACAGCGAGGAGGAAGACGAGGAGGACAAUAUAGACUUGAAUCAGGUGCUGGCUGGCCAGGUCGGGGAUCCAAGAAUAUCCGCUCAACAGCCGUCCUUGACCGCAACACGGGACUCCGGGGGACGGAAUCGGUCCACAAUCAGCGAGGACACCAGGACGGGUUCGGAGGAACAUACCCCAUUGCGACUUGGGUCGCCAGAACGGUCCAAGUCGCCACAAAACGAGAAGCCUGCCAAACCUCCCAAAUACGGAGACCGUCCAGUAUGGUGGCUAGACGUUCUGAGCCCAACCGAGGCCGAGAUGAAAGUGCUCUCGAAGGCGUUCGGGAUCCAUCCGCUAACGGCCGAAGAUAUCAUGAUGCAAGAACAGCGAGAGAAGGUCGAACUCUUCCGGAACUACUACUUCGUCAACUACCGCAGUUUCGACCAGGAUCAGACCAGCGAGAACUUCCUCGAGCCCGUUAACAUGUAUGUCGUCGUGUUCCGGGAGGGCGUCCUGAGCUUCCACUUCUCCGUCACUCCGCACCCGGCCAACGUGCGAAGGCGAAUCCGGCAACUGCGCGAUUACCUGAUUCUUUCGUCGGACUGGAUCUCCUACGCCAUCAUUGACGACAUCACCGACGUCUUCGUGCCGCUCAUUCAACGCAUCGAGGACGAGGUCGACGACAUCGAUUUUGCCAUCCUGCAAAUGCACUCAGAGGAAGACCGGGCUAUGAAGGGAGAGGUUAGCGAAAAGUCUGACUCGGCCGAAGUGAAGUCAGCCGAGGCGGGGCGCGACAUGCUUCGCCGGGUCGGAGAUUGCCGCAAGAAGGUCAUGUCACUCUACCGGCUGCUGAGCAACAAGGCGGAUGUGAUCAAGGGGUUUGCGAAGCGGUGCAACGAGCAUUGGGAGGUGGCGCCGAGAUCCGAUAUCGGCCUGUACUUGGGAGACAUCCAAGAUCAUAUCGUGACCAUGACCUCGAACUUGAGUCAUUACGAGAAGAUCUUGGCUCGCUCUCACGGCAACUAUCUUGCCCAAAUCAACAUCAGGAUGAACGAGCGGCAGGAGCAGACAGCCGACGUGCUCGGGAAGCUCACGGUGCUUGGUACCAUCGUGCUGCCCAUGAACAUCAUCACAGGCCUGUGGGGAAUGAACGUCUGGGUUCCGGGCCAGGGAAACGAGGGCGACCUCAGGUGGUUCACCGCCAUCACUGCGGGCCUGCUUUUCUUCGGUCUAGCAUGCUACUGGAUCGCCAAGAGGGUGUACAACAUUGUGUGACAUUGCCGGUGCUGGGUUACCCUUUUUCUUUCUUUUUGGUUAUGUCGACUUUGGAGUACCGGAAGACGGAACGCACAAUUUGUGACGGGGGGCAUGCCUACAUGUACAGCUGCUUUUGACAUAGACUGGGUGGGAAGGCUUCGUAGCUGUUCGGGUAAGCGUCGAGGCAGUUUACAGAGCUUCUUCGAAGAGGGACACGGUAGCGAAGGUAUAUUAUGCAUAAGUAUAGCAGGACAAACAGGACUAAACAGCAUUCUCAGGUACAACGCCCUUAGCGGCUGAGAAAUAUUGAGAAUUGGAAUACUUU